AUGGGGAUGAGCCUCGAUUUUGAUGUUGAUCUCGAGAAAGGAAUCGUUGAUUGCGACAAUGUCUAUACAAAGUCGCCGGAGAAGCCAUUGUUACCGAUGUCUCCAGAUAACAAACCGGUGAAGACCGGAGAAGAAACUGUCGGUUCUUUAGAAAACGAUGCAAGUCCGGUUAAAUGUGCCAUCAGUAAACCGGGAUGGGGCAAGAGCGAUAGGAAGGAGAAACGCAAGAAAUCGGCGUCGAAGCCUCCUCGACCGCCGCGUGGACCGUCCCUGGACGCAGCGGAUAUGAAACUGAUAAGGGAGAUCGCUGAGUUAGCGAUGCUGAAACGCGCGAGGGUUGAACGUUUGAGAGCUCUGAAGAAAUCGAGAGCGGCUAAAGCUGCGUCUGCGGCUUCUUCUCUAGGCAAUGUCUUGGCAACGCUUCUCACCGCUAUUUUUUUCUUUGUCCUCGUUUUCCAAGGAUUGUCGCCAAGAGCAGCCGUUAGCUCCGGCACCGAAAAACACAAUGGUGGUUUCGUUUCGGUUCAGUAUGCGGGAAACCCGUCUGCAAGCGAACCGGAUGGAAGUUAUACCGGUCCGGUUUUAGCAAGGAGAUUGCCGAAUUUACUGAAACCGGUUUCCGGUUUGGACAAUGAAAAGAAGAUGAAUAGAGUUUCACAAUGAAGCCGUGAACCAAAGGGAUAGAACUGGACAGGUUCAUCACUGGUUGGUCUAACCAUUUACCGGUUUAGAUUGUCGGUGAACCAUAUACUCGUACGGAUAAAGUUUUUGGGUAAAAUCGGCUGCUUUCUCUGCGGCUAUGAAACAAUAACUACGGUUUUGUAAUUUUCUUCUUGGAGUAAAAAUAAGAGAAGUUACAAAUAAUAAAAUUACAAUUGUGCUAUUUAGCGCAUGUAACUUUUUACAUGGUGGUACUAUAAGUAUACUACAAACUAGGAUCGUAUUAGUAGUAGAUUGUUGUAUUGUAACGGAAGUAAAGAAGUAUUCAAACUUUGAUGAGAUCAAAACCUAAAAAAAAAUAUGAAAUC